CGUGUUUCCUCCCCGCCCCUCACUGACCCUCCACUCGGACACUCUACAAGCAACAAGCUGCACUCGCUCACUCAUACACAAACAAAUAUAUACACACACGCGCGCGCGCCGUGGGAAAUAGAAAAGAAGACAAUCCACGAGGAGUUUCUUCGUCUUGGGAAAGAUGGGGAGCCUGUAUAAGAAUGACCAGGAUGACUGGGUGACAGUCUGUCUCAAGUACCUUCUCUUUGUCUUCAACUUCCUGUUCUGGAUGGGGGGAGUGGCCGUGAUGGGGGUGGGGAUUUGGACUCUGAUUGAUAAAGGAGAUUAUUUGAGCCUACUGGCCUCCAGCACAUUCGCCGUGUCAGCCUACAUCCUCCUGCUGGCUGGUGGCUUGGUCAUGGUCACGGGCUUCCUGGGCUGUUGUGCUGUCAUCCGUGAGCAGAGGAGCCUCCUGUCUAUGUAUUUCUCCUGCUUGCUGGUGAUAUUCCUGAUUGAACUUGUUGCUGGAAUUCUAGCAUAUGUGUAUUAUCAAAGGUUAAGUGAAGAGCUGAAGCAGCACCUAAGUACGACAAUGCAGGACAACUACGCUCAGCAAGGGAAGGAGAGCAUCACUAAGGCAGUGGACCAACUGCAGCAGGAUUUUAAGUGCUGUGGAAGCAACAACUCCAUUGACUGGCAGCAGAGCAAGUAUAUCCAGUCCCAAGAAGCUGACAAGAGGGUGGUUCCUGACAGCUGCUGCAAAACAGUGACCCAUUACUGUGGACGGAGAGACCACCCUUCUAACAUCUACAAAGUGGAGGGUGGCUGUAUUACUAAGCUGGAGCAGUUCUUGGCUGACCACCUGCUCAUCAUCGGCGCCGUAGGGAUCGGUGUGGCCUGUCUACAGUUAGCAGGAGCACUGUUGACUGCCUGCUUUAUUUAUCUGCUUUAUAAAGAAGAGGAAGAAGACUUCUCUGAUGUUUGAAUGAACAGGUCCCGCUAUCUGGCUCCUCAUCAGCCAUGUGGGCAGAAGAUCUGUGGGAUGGUGUUUACUUGUUGCUUGCACAGACGGAUAAAGCUCGACCCGUACUGACCGAUCAGCAGGAGCUCUACAUGUUGCCUCGACUGCUUGCUGCCAGAUCACAUGCUUGUUUUUACAUUCCUCUCUUUUCUUUUCCUAAAAUGCAUGAAUGUGUUCUCCCUCCAGUAUAGCCUUACAUGAUUGUCUUACUCCUACGUUUAACCUUACAUUAAUUAUUUAUUUACAAGGGGCUUGCCUCUGCAAUGUAAGAGUCUCAGCAAGAAUAUAAUGCAGUUAUUCUAAUGCUGGUGUUUUAAUUACACAUAAAGAGGCUUUUUUUAUAAUCUAAAAAAAUCUAUUUUAUUUUCUAUAUGAGCACUGUAUAUUCUUAACUAUGUAUCUGUAACCAGUUAAAGCUGCUAUCUUUAUGCAACUAGAUGCUAUUUUUUUCUUAAGCUUAAUACAAUGUACAUAAAUCAUAUAAAGGUCAUGUGAUGCAGUCAAAGGUAUUUUAACAUUUUCACAUGAACUAUAAAUAAUAUGUGUAGCGGUAUAUGUUUUGCUAACACCGUGUACACGGAGAGCCUGAGAACUACUGAGAUGCUAAAAAUAACAGGGAUUUCUGGACUAUAGCAUACUCUAUAAGCACCCUACGGUGCGUUGCAUAAGAAUACACCUCUCUGAAAUUUUCCUCCGUUACCAUGUGAAUUGGGAUUAACAUUCAAAAUGCUGCUUGAUUCUGACAGACAAAGGUUCAUUAAAAAAAAAAAGGCAAAGAUUUUACUUAUGAAAGUAUUCACCCCUUUAGACCAAUACUUUAGGCACCACCUUUAGGCACAAGUCUUCUGGGAAAUGUCUCACUCAGCUUUGCACAUCUGGAUCCUGGUAUUUUUAUUCAUUCCUCUUGGCAAAAUUGUCCGAGCUCAGUCAGGUUGGAUGGGAAUGAAUGAUUUAAGCCACAGAUUCUCUAUUGAGGUCUGGGAUUUGACUUGAUCAUUUGAACACAUUCAGGUUCUUGUUGUUAAACUACUCCAGUGCAGCACUGGAUGAAUGUUUUACGUUGUUGUGCAGUUGGAAGGCAAAGCCUCACCCUAUGUAACCCUAGGCUGAUCUGUUUUGCCUUCAGCCAUGACCAGUUUUCCAGUCCCUGCAAAUGAAACAUUAUGCUACCACCACCAUGCUUCACGGUGGCAAUAGUAUUCAUAGAGUCAUAUAUAUCUGUUGAAAAUUUCUGCAAAAUAUAUAUUACUCCUAGUCCAUUUAAUUUACAGGCUGCAACACUACACCAUGUGGAAUAGCUCAGGAGUGGUGCAAGACACUGUAUUUAAUGAGCAUUCCUAAGACACUCGUAUAUUUGGAUACAUAGAGCUCUUAUUUUCACUGGGCGCUUCUUUGAAAAACUCAUUCCGUUUCUUGUUAUCUUUAUAAUGUCAUGUGCCAGCUGUUUGUCAGUAUAUAUGUUUUAUAUAUGUUAUCUACUCUUCUUAGUUCAGACAUUAGGCUCUCAAACAGUGCACUGAUAACUGAUGCAUUAACCUGCAAGGAUGAACUUUUCUUAUCUUUUUAAAGAGGCCUUUAACACACAACUGCCUUUAAUUAUAGAGCUUUAAGGGCUGUAAAGAUCUGGAGGUCUGUAUGUUAGGUACAUGAAACCUUUAUGCAGUCUCCCUGAGUUAUUGAAGCAAAUACCAUAAAAAUACAAAAAUAUUUUCUGCCACUGCUUAAUGUGGUUGCCAUAGCAACCUUCAUCUCAUUGAAGUUCAGUCUCAUUGGGAAAAGAAUGCAAUCUUUACAUUUUAUUAUCAGCAACUGAUAUUUAAAGACACUUCUUUUAAUUUGGCUUGUGCAUAUAUUUAUAUGUAGAUGCAUAGCGAAGCAUUUUGGGUGGAUGAUGGAUGUUAACAUAACAGACUAUGCUUUAUGUCACUGGUUUAUCAUUUAUUCAGCUACAUUAUAUUGUGCUACUAUGAUGAUGUCUGUCCAGUAUGUCAUAUAUUUGUUGCCUAGAUGCCUUUAGACAAAUAUGUGCCUUAUUCAAAGGACAGCAGAUGUACUACUUUAGGCAGAUGUAGCAAUGGCAUAUACUAUGUACUAGGUGUGUUUACUGAUCCUUGUUACUGAAAAUAAAAGGUUUGGGGGAUAAAUUUGAAUACAAGUGUAGUGUUUA